UGGCAGAAAACAGCUGACUCCGGAGAGCUCCCUCACGUGACCACCUGCAGCUCCCUGCUCCAUUCCUUGUCCCGAGAGUCAGAGGGAGUACUUGAAGGGACUCCUGUGAAGUGCACCAGGCAAGUGACCAGUGGCAGUCAGAGAAGCCCUCAAGGCCGGUCCCAGGAGUCUCCCACCUCCCACCUGUGCCUGCCAUGGAGCCCCUGAAGGCGCUGCUGCUCCUGUCCGGAGUCCUCGGGGCGCUUGCUGAGCUCUGUGUGAUACCACAGAUGGACAGCCAGCUGGUAGAGAAGCUGGGCCAGCAUCUCUUACCUUGGAUGGACCGGAUCUCCUCAGAGCAAUUGAACCCCAGCAUCUAUGUGGGCCUGCGCCUUUCCAGCCUGCAGGCUGGGACCAAGGAAGACCUCUACCUGCACAGCCUCAAGCUUGACAAUCAGCAGUGCCUCCUAGGGUCUGCCUUCAGCGAUGACAACAGUGAUUGCCAGACCAAGCCUUCUGAAGGCCACCUGGCCCUCUACCUGCUUGCUCUUAGGGCCAACUGUGAGUUCAUUGGGAGCCGGAAGGGUGACAGGCUGGUCUCAAAGCUCAAGUGGUUCUUGGAGGAUGAGAAGAAGGCCAUUGGGCACAAUCAUGAAGGUCACCCCCAUACCAGCUAUUACCAGUACAGCCUCAGCAUCCUGGCACUGUGUGUCCACCAGAAGCGGGUCCAUGACAGCGUGGUGGGCAAGCUCCUGUAUGCUAUUGAACACGACCACCACAUCCGCCAAGGCCACCUCUCUGUGGACACAGAAGCCAUGGCGGGCUUGGCCUUCAUCUGUUUGGAUCGGUUCAUUUUCAACCCCGAUCUGAGACCACGAAUCACCAUGGCCAUUGAGACAAUUCGAGAGAAGAUCCUGAAGGCCCAGACCCCCAAGGGCAACUUUGGGACCGUCUACAGCACCCCACUGGCACUACAGUUUCUGAUGGCCUCCCCUGCAUCUGGGGUAGGACUGGGCACAGCAUGCCUCAAGGCAAGGGCAUCUCUGCAGGCCAGCAUACAUGGUGGGGCCUUCCAGAAUCCUCUGAUGAUUUCCCAGCUGCUACCGGUCCUGAACCACAAGACCUACCUGGAUCUUAUCUUUCCAGACUGCCAGGCGCCCAGAGUCAUGUUGGAACCUGUUGUCGAGGGCCCUUCACCAGCCCAUGUCCCAGAGGUCAUCAGUGUCACGCUGAAGGUUUCCAGUGUCCUGCCACCAUACAAACAAACAGUUUUAAUCCUUGCUGGGUCCUCCUUGGAAGAUGUCCUGAAGAUGGCUCAAAACACAGGAGGAUUCACGUAUGGGACACAACCCUCCUUGUCAGGCCCCUACCUGACAUCUGUACUGGGAAAAGAAGUCGGGGAUCGAGAAUUCUGGCAGCUCCUCCGAGACCCUGACACCCCCCUGCUGCAAGGCAUUGCUGACUACAGACCCCAGGACGGGGAAACCAUUGAGCUUCGGCUAGUUAGCUGGUAGCCUUGGGCUCCCCCCCAUGUCCUUGGACCCCCC